UCACUGAACACGACGCCGAGAAUUCCCGGAGGUUUUAAGUUUGCAUUUUGUGAAAGCCGUCAGUUGUUGUCACAAGUCCACCGUUUCAUCCUCGACUUUCUCGUCCCCCACUGUUUUAUGCGUCAGCGCGAAGAGCAACUCUAGCCGGCAGGUCGGCCUACCCACAGAGCAUCAGCAUGGGAAACCUGUGCCCCUCCGCUCAAAAAGAAGACAAAUACUUACAUCCACUCAACCAUGAAAUGGACGACAGCCUGAAAGCAACGCCCAGUCCACCAGCCGACGAACAAGCGUCGGACGACGCAGAGAGCUCGUCGCCGUCCGCAGAGCCGUCGCCUCUCGUGCUGCACAAAGACCUGAAGCUCAACUUGCAGCACAUCAGCGAACGUGAAGACCUUUCUGGUCACCAGGGAACGAUCUUUAUGGAACGAUUCAAGCAAGACAGAGUAGCCGUCAAUGAGGGGCAGCGACGUAGGAAGGUUUCUAUCAGACAACUGCAAGAGGCUCACGUGCUGGAAGGUACAAAGGCGAAAGCAAGCUCGUGUUCUACUAUCUAUUUGGAUGAUAGUACUGUGAGUCAACCUAACUUGAAAACGACUCUCAAAUUGGUUUCGCUUGCCAUCUACUACCAUGUCAAGAAUUUUCCUCAAGAACCAAGAGUAUUGGAGAUCUUUGACGAGAGAAUUCAUCCUCUUUCUAGAGACCCACUGCCGAGAGACUAUGAUACGUACAACCCAGAGCACAGAGAUGUGUACAGAUUUGUAAAGAUUCUCUUCAGUGCAGCACAGCUCACCUCGGAAUGUGCCAUAAUCACGCUGGUUUAUAUUGAGCGGCUUCUAACGUAUGCUGAGAUCGACGUGCAUCCGACUAACUGGAAACGGAUUGUGCUCGGUGCGAUCAUGUUGGCAUCGAAAGUCUGGGAUGAUCAAGCUGUGUGGAAUGUCGACUAUUGCCAGAUUCUGAGGGACAUUCCUGUCGAAGACAUGAACGAACUUGAACGAGUCUUCCUAGAAAUGCUUCAGUUCAACAUCAAUGUUGACUCCAGUGUCUACGCCAAGUACUACUUUGAUCUACGCCAUCUGGCAGAUGCUAACGGAUUUACCUUUCCCGUUGAACCACUCUCUAAAGAUCGAGCCAAAAAACUGGAAGCUCUGUCUCGUGUUGACCUGCAAGACCGUGUAGUAAAGAAAGCAGCCAGUGUGGAGAAUUUUUUAGCCUCACCAAACAGGGUGAAGUCUGCUGUUUUAUCAUGAUUUUUGUUACCACCUUUUAGCCUUUGUAACAUGCCGAAUAUGCAGCAUUCGUUUUGUACAGAAGCAAAGGUAGUCUUCAUAACUUAGCUUUUUACGGCAUUAUGUACUGUGUGAUAUAAAUGGUGAGGAGGUCUUGUAGUGCACAUAACAAGGUGAUGGAGUACACCUGGGACAAGUGAGUAAUUCAACAAUCGGGUAUAGAGGACAUGGAAA